AUGGUGGUGCUCCGAGGCCUCCGCCGUGGCCGCCACAGCCGAUGCCGAUGCCGCUGCCCGCUCCGGGACCCUCGCGACCACACCGCUUUACCCCGCCUGCUCCCCGCGCCCGCGCUGCCUGCCCUGGGCCCGCUGUCGCAGGUGCGCCAGAACUACCACCCCAGCUGCGAGGUCGCCGUCAACGUCAACGUCAAUCUGGAGCUCUACGCCUCCUAUGUGUACCUAUCCAUGGCCUUCUACUUCGACCGGGACGACGUGGCCCUGGAGAGCUUCAGCUGCUAUUUCCUGCGCCAGUGGCACAAGAAGAGGGAGCACGCCCAGGAGCUGAUGAGGCUGCAGAACCUGCGCGGUGGCCGCAUCUGCCUUAGCGACAUCAGGAAGCCAGAGCGCCAAGGUUGGGAGGGCGGGCUCAAGGCCAUGGAGUGUGCCUUCGACCUGGAGAAGAAAGUCAACAAGAGUCUCCUGGAGCUGCACCAGCUGGCCAAGCAGAACGGCGACCCCCAGCUCCGCGACUUCCUGGAGAACCACUUCCUGAACCAGCAGGCCAAGACCAUCAAAGAGCUGGGUGGCUACCUGAGCAACCUGCGCAAGAUGGGGGCCCCUCCGGCAGCAGGCCUGGCAGAGUACCUCUUUGACAAGCUCACCCUGGGCCGCAGCGAGAAAGACACUUGAGCCCAGAGGGGCCCCGCAGCCACGGGGUGCCUUCCCCGGGUACGGCCACCAGGCGGGGCGUCCAUGUUGCCCUUUCAGAAGGUUCUCUUCAGUUUUCUCCUCUCAGUUUUACCGUUGUUGGCAAUAAAGUUAUGUCUUCUCAAAGCAA